UUACCACUCCCAGUUGUUUUUUGUCUGUUGUGUUUCUUGUGUUAGUGAAUGUGAAAAUGAAAAAAAGAUGAAUAGCGUGCUCAUAUUACUCCUCUGCUGCCACGUUGCAUCUCCAGUAAAACACUCCUUGAAAUAUUUCUUCACUGAAAGCCCAGGAGCUCAGAGCAUCCCAGAGUUUGUAGCUGUUGCAAUUGUUGAUGACGUUCAGAUAGGUGACUCCAACAGUGUAAGAGAAGCAACACCAAAGAAAGACUGGAUUAAAUUCUUUGAGGAUCAUCCGCAGCACCUGCAGUGGUAUAGUUUACAAUCUCAUGAAAGUCAUCACUUCUUUAAGGCUACCAUUGAGACUUUGAGGCAACAUUUGAACCAAACUGAAGGUGUUCAUAUUUUGCAAAGGAUGAAGGGCUGUGAAUGGGAUGAUGAGACUGGAGAGAUUAAUGGAUAUGAUCAGUAUGGUUAUGAUAGAGAAGAUUUUCUAGCGUAUGACCUAAAGACACUGACAUGGAUCGCUCCUAAACCACACGCUGUCCUCACCAAAAUGAGAUUUGAUGCUCAUGAACAUCAAUUUGAAUCAAAUAAAAACUUUUUAGUUUAUCAGUGCCCUGACUUUUUAAAGGAGUAUUUGCGAUAUGGGAAGAGGUUUCUGCAGACAGCAGUCCUUCCCAAAGUGUCUCUCCUCCAAAAGACUCCCUCCUCUCCAGUCAGUUGCCACGCUACAGGUUUCUAUCCUGACAGAGGUUUGAUGUUCUGGAGGAAAGAUGGAGAAGAGCUCCAUGAAGGUGUGGAUCCAGGAGAGAUCCUCCCCAACAAUGAUGGGACCUUCCAGAUGAGUGUUGAUCUGAAACUUUCAUCAGUCACACCUGAAGACUGGCAGAGGUACGACUGUGUGUUUCAGCUCUUUGGUGCGAACGAGUACAUCAUCACCAAACUGGACAAAACACUGAUCAGGACCAACUGGGGGAAGCCCGCUCACAUUACAGCUACAGCGGUUGUGCUAGCUAUUGCCCUCAUUGCAGCUGUUGCAGCUGUGGCGGUUAUUGCUUACAAAAGAAAGAAAGCUCUUGCUAAUGCCUCUGAACAGUCUGAGACACUAAAUCCACAAACAUGACCGUCCUUCAAGCUGUUCUGCGCUCUGCAUGACUUUACUCUGGCUGUUUCACUUCCCCAGUUUAAAGUUUUACAUUUUAUAAACAGUAGUUAUUAAAAUACCCAACAGGUAACAUGAUACAUCUUAAAAAGUUGUUUGUUGUUUAUUUUAAAGGCAUACACUGCGAUAAAUGUAUGUGCCUCAAAUGAAGCUCAAAUAUUGAUAUAGAAUCAUUUCAAAAUGGUAAAUGGUAAAUGGUAAAUGGCCUGCAUUUGUAUAGCGCUUUACUCAGUCCCUAAGGACCCCAAAGCGCUUUACACAUUCAGUCAUUCACCCAUUCACACACUGGCAAUGGCAAGCUACAUUGUAGCCACAGCUGCCCUGGGGCGCACUGACAGAGGCGAGGCUGCCGGACACUGGCGCCACCGGGCCCUCUGACCAAAAAAUAUAAUUUAUCUUGGUUCAUUUAAAGUUAGGGGUGUGACCUCUUCUGGAUGUUUAUAUGUUUACUUUUUGUGUAGUUAACAGUCAAAUAUUUGUCACCCUUUAUUAAAUCUAAUGUAUAAUAAUUAAUGCAUUUCAUAAAUAAUCUUUUCAUGUAAUGAAUUUGACAUUUACAUUCAGUUAGAGAAUUUAUAUGUUAUGUCUGAUCAUUGGUCAUCCUGCACGGGACAGCUGGCUCAUAGAUCACUCUGGCUCUGCUUCGGCAUAAAGCCCAGUUCACCUUUAACUUUUUAUAAUUAUUUGAACAUUUAAUUUCUUCUAAACAAGGAGACAUUUUCUCCUUUAAUUUUUCAAAUGUAUCUAUUCAAAAAUAUUCUGUGUUUAUGUGCAAAACGUUUUAUCUAUAAAACAUUAACAUGUUCGAACUACAUGUUAGUGUCAUGGUCCUGAGUCUGUGACUCUGUGGUUUUGGUUAUUAUUAUGUGCUUAAGGUUAAUUCUUGUUUUCAUGUUCUUUGGGGUUGUGUUCUGGUUAUAUUUUGAGCUCCUUCUGUUCUGUGUUUCUGCCUGCCCUGCUCCCAUGUCUCUGUGUUUCCCCUGAGUCUGUGUCUGUGUUCAGUCUGUGCGUUUCCUGUUUUACUUUGAAGGUCAGUGUCUCAGAUUAAUGUAUUCUGUUUUGCUUCCCUCGGUCUUGUCAGGUUUGAUUGCUCCCAGCCGUGCUUCUCUUGUGUGUCUCAUUUCCUUGUUACUGCCUUUGAAUUUAAGCCUCGUGUUCUCUGUGCUUAGUCAUCAAUGUCUCAUCCCUGGAGCUGUGUGUGUUUCACUGUGUUUCCUUGUGUCUCAGUUUAUCAUUCCCAGUCUAGUGUUGUAUUCUGUAAUAUCGUUAAGCCUGCAAUAAAGCAGUGAUCUUUGAGUUUUGCAUUUGCACACAGCCAGUUCAUGACAGUUAGAGGUAUUUAAUGUAUUUGAUGAAUAAUUCAGUGGACAAACAUAUUUGCUUUUUAACCCAGUUUUUCCUUUAUUUUUCCUAUUUUUUGUAAACUUCAUAUACAUAAAAUUUAUGAAACAAUCCAAAAAACAACAUUUUCGAUAUUUCUAAUAUAAACUAUUACUGCAGUUUUCUUAGAACAACAGCCUUAUUACCUUUAACACUCAGUAUUAUGUUUUAUAUACUUUCCAGGGCCUUUUUCUCCUUUUUUUGAGGCAAACCUAGAAACCAGGAACUAAAUAUAAUACAAACAGGAAUCCAUAAUUCAAAGAGUAUAACUUAGACCAAAAACACUGGGUCACCAGACCCAGUGCUGUGACACUCUCCUAGAAUUCUUGCUUUUGCUUGUGAGCUAUUUGAGCACCUCAAUCCUGUCAUAGUCAUAUGAAUAUAAGGAAGUAUGCAUUAGUGAGAGUUUAGCCAGAAUGAAUAAGAGACAACCUGUCACGGUCCUGUGUCGAUGACCCGGUGUUUUGUUUGUUAUUAUUAUUGUUUAUUUAUUUAUUUAUUAUUGUCUGACUUCUUUGCUGUAAAUUACUCGUGUUCUGGUUUGAUGUUUGAUUUUCAUCAUUGUUAGGACUUUUAGUGUUUAGGUUUCUUUCUCUGUAUUUCUAGUGCUCUAGUUCUUUGUUCUGUGAUUUCUAGUUCUUAGGCUUUGUCCCUUUUAGUUCAGUGUCAAGUCUACAUCUUUGUGAAUUGUCUCUUGUUUCCUGUUUUAUUUUGAUAGUCUCAGUCCUAUGUGCCGUGAGUCUAGUUUGCUUCUCCUUGUUUCCCUGAUUACUCCACUGUACAUUUAAGCUCUGUGUUUGCCUUUGUCCUUUGUUGCAUCAUUAAUGUUGGUUCACCCUCAUACUGUGUGUUUUCCAGUGUUUCCCUGUGAGCAUUACUUCCAUUAGAUUUAUCCCAGUUUAGUUUUGGUGGUGUCACACAGUUAUUUUAACUGUGUGUAGUUGUUGUUUUGAAUGGUCAUGUGUGGUGUUUUUGUAUUACUUCCAAGCCUGCAAUAAAGCAAUAUUUAAGUUGA